CGUCAACAUCGGAGAACGUUUGGCAUAUAUACUAAUUCAUUAUUAUUUCUUGACGUAUUGUACAUCAGGUGAACGUCUCAUUCUUAAGCUAUGCGCUACUCUACUAUCUAAUGAUGAAGUAUGGAGUUGGAAAAUAUUGUUGCAAAUACGGUGUAUAUAAAGGCUAAACGAAGUGGAGCUGAUGGAGACAAAGGUCGAAGCAGAAAGUGGAGAACAUUACUAGCCUUCCCUCACAUAUCUAAUUGUUUAUACUUGAAGAAUUGCUUAGAUUUGAGUUAUGAUUUUAUUGUGGAGCAGCAGCCGAUUGGAAAGAGACUGUUUCGGUUGUUCUGUAGGAGCAAUAAUUUCAUUUCGGAUGUCGUUGAUUUUGUGGAUUCUAUUAACACAUUUGCGGUGUGCAUUCCUAACGAACGUCAGAAGAUUGGGUUGGAAAUCUACCGCAGGUUUCUCUCAGACAUGAGUGGCAAAAGGUUCCAUCAGCUUGGAAACAUUGACGAUAACUCAGUGUUAAUUGCUCUAGAGGAGUCCAAUGACGCUUAUCCUGACAAAGAACUCUUUCGUUCAAUCCUCAAGAUCCUUGAAGAUUUCUUACGAAAUUCACCAUUUUCUGAAUUUCUAAAUUCAGUCUACUUUAAUCGCUAUCUUCAAUGGAAAUGGCUAGAAAAAACACCAGUCAGCAAACACACCUUUCGAAUGUACCGAGUCUUAGGCAAAGGGGGAUUUGGAGAGGUGUGUGCCUGUCAAGUUCGGGCAACUGGGAAGUUAUACGCUUGCAAGAAAAUGGAGAAAAAACGCAUGAAAAAACGUCAUGCAGAAAAUAUGGCCAUGAUGGAAAAGGAAACAUUACAACGAGUCAAUUCUCGCUUUGUGGUCAAUCUGGCGUAUACAUUUGAAACUAAAGAUGCUUUGUGCCUAGUUCUUACAAUUAUGAACGGUGGUGAUCUAAAAUUUCAUAUACAUAAUAUGAAUAAUGGCAGUGGUUUCAAUGAGAAUCGAGCAAGAUUUUAUGCUGCGGAAAUCACUUUAGGUUUACAACAUAUGCAUACACAAAAUAUUGUUUAUCGUGAUUUAAAACCAGAAAACAUUUUGAUUGAUGAUCAAGGACAUGUUAGAAUUUCGGAUCUUGGCUUGGCCGUAUAUAUUGAACCUGGCGGUACAGCUAAAGGAAGAGUUGGAACAGCUGGUUAUAUGGCACCUGAAGUAGUCAUGAAUACACGUUAUACAUUCAGUCCCGAUUGGUUUGGAUUAGGUUGUAUUGUUUAUGAAAUGAUUAUGGGACAAGCACCGUUUCGUCGACGUAAAGAACGUAUUCGACGUGAAGAAGUUGAUCGUCGUGUAUGUGAGGAUACAGAAGAAUAUAAUUAUAAAUUUUCAGAUAAUUCAAAAAGAUUUUGUCAGUCUCUUUUACAAAAAGAUCCACAUUGUCGACUUGGUUGUGAUGAUGCUGGUCCCGAAGGUGUUAAACAUCACAACUGGUUUUCCUGUAUCAAUUGGGUACGUUUAGAGGCUGGACUUGAGGAUGCACCAUUUCUUCCUGAUCCUCAUGCAGUUUACGCAAAGGAUGUUUUAGAUAUUGAACAGUUCUCUACAAUUAAAGGUGUUACUUUAGACAAUAAAGAUAUGGAAUUUUAUAAAAAGUUUUGUUCUGGUGCUGUCAGUAUACCGUGGCAGAAUGAAAUGUUAGAAACUGGUUGUUUCGAUGAUCUAAAUGAAUUUUAUAAAUCUGAUGGAACUUUAGUAGAUAAUUUAAAUCCAGAUACUCCACCUGUUCAACAAAACUCCGCUCAUAGUCAAAGUUUUUUCAGUAGAUUGUUUAAGCGUAAACACCGACCUCAUGGUCCGCCUAUCGAUGAUAAUCAACCAAUAAUUAAUAAUAAUAACCCAGUAGACACUGAAGAACAAAUAACAACAAGUGGUGUUUCAUCGGGAUUAGAAAAGCUUAAUAAAUCUGGUUUAUCAAGUGCUGAAACCAAGUUUUCAAGUAAAGAACAUUCAUUUAAACAAGAAAAUAUUGUUAAAUCCGAUUGUUUAACAUCUAUAUCAACUAAUACACAAUGUACUCAGAAUGAUAUAAAGAAUGAUGAUUUUCUUACAACAAAAACACCAAUAUCUAUAACAACUAAUAGUCAUUAUAGUGUGGAUUCUAGCGCUGUAUCUCAUAAAAUUAUCAAUUCAAAGCAUCAACGUCCACAUUUUUGUACUUGUUUCUCAGCUCUAUGCUGUUCUCGUACGAAAUAAUUUCUAUGUGGCUUUUGAUUAUUUUUUUUUUUGAUAGACAAAAAUCAUUGUCUUCAUCUGUAUGUUUACAAGUCUGCUGUUAAUCAAUUAUCUUCUGUAUUAAAUUAACUAUAUUGAACUGUUAAAUGAAUCAGUUAUCUUCUAAUAUUUCCUGUUACUUUUCUAUUUUCUCAAAAAAGGGGGGCAUCGUUUUUAAUGAUGGAUCGAAUUUCCUCCUAUUUAUGGCAUUUAUAUAUUUCGAAUAACCUUAACUUCUAGAUCAUCAUCAAUGAGAAUUUUUACGGUUUUCAAACAAAAAUUCACUUCAAAUUUUGUAAUUUUAUUCAAAUUCAAUCCAUUUUGUUUCAUAUGAUAGACCGCAUUUUUAUUGGUAAGUGUACAAUUAAGCAAGAAAAUGAAACAAUAUAAUAAUUGGUCUUUCUUAUUUUUAUUUUAUUAUUAUUAUUAUUAUUAUUAUUAUUAUUAUUAUUAUUAAGGAUGAUGAUAGGCAUAUUCUGUUACGUACCUGCUUACUUGCUUAUUUGUUCGCUUCCUUAUGUUUAUUUGUAUAAAUUUAUCUUAUAAAUAAUUAGCGCCUAAUCCUAUCUGUCUUAUUUAUUUACAAAUCAAUUUUAAUCUCCAAAAAUUUUUGUUUUAUUUAUUUCUGUUUUGUAAACACUAUUUAAUUUGUCUACUUGAUGUAGAAUCCAUUUCAACUUUGAACAGUUACAUAUGUCUGAUGAUCUACAUUUUAAUUUAAUGCAAAAAUAAACAGUUAUUAUUUUUCUUUUGUUGGCAAUAUUCACAUUACUGCAAUCCUAGAUUACUCAGACUUCCGUCCUAAUUUUUUUUUUUU